GCACUGCUGGGCUGCACUGAUGGGCACUGGUGGGUGGCACUGGUGGGCACAGGUAGGUGGCACUUCUGGGCACAGGUGGUGACACUGCUGGGUGGCACAGGUGGGCGCACUGCUGGGCACAGGUGGGUGCAUUGCUGGGCACAGGUGGGCGCACUGCUGGGCACAGGUGGGCGGAACUUGUGUGUGGCACUGCUGGGCACCGAUCAUCAGGGCACUGGUGAUCAGUGACCCUGAUGAUCGGUGCCGAUCCCCGCUCUGACAACUGCCAGUUUUCGGCAGUACUUUCCUCACGAUCUGACAGCGUGAGGAAAGUGCAGCCGAGAACCGGCAUUUGCAU